GGGGGUUCAAAGUCACAUGAGAAGAAAAAGUGUGGAUUGGAUGGGAUGGAAUGGUACGCGGUGGGAUGCGGGUUGCAAUGAACAUGUGGUUGGUGAUUGCUGCUGCUGAUGAUGAUGAUGAGUUUGGUGGUUGGGGUUAUACAAGGGCCCUCCUCAGAGAGAACAUGAAGUCUCUGCCAAGCCAGGUGUGUGAGAGCAUGGUUUCUCCAAAACCCCCCAGCCUGGUUUUGCGGCGCCAGGAAACAUUGACUAGACAUAUCAGAGGUGGAACAGAUGAGUUUUACCCACCAACAGCCUACAGCCCACGGACUACGUAGAUGUACUGUGUAAGUCGGAAAAGACGUGUAAUCAAUCGACAAAAGGCAAGGGGGAUAAUUGGCUCCCGAGAUGCAGUGGUGCGUGCGUGUGUGGUUCAAAAGGCCUUUGGAUUUGGCUUUUUGGGGGGGAGAG